CAAAAAAUAUUUUCUAGACUUAAAAAAUUUGUGGUUUGCUGAAGGGAAAUAACCGAAAAUGGGACUGGUACAAAAUGGUAGUUGACGUCAUUACUACGUCAUCAUUACAUCGUCACAAUUUACAAACGAUUUGAAACCGGAAGUUACAAAAUAUUCGAUAAAUAUGAUUUCUAUGUUUAAUAUCGCUGCUUUCGUCUUCACUAUGACGUCAAUAUUUGUCAAUGGAGAAUCCGUGACGUCAUCAAACCCAACAAACGCCGAAGCAUUGUUACGUCACAUGCAACAAAGGAGUAACGCUGUUCGAUCGAAAUACAUGAUGGAAUUGUACCGAGCCAAAAACACAGGAAUGCCAACCAACAACGCGUUGAAAAGAUCCGAUAUUGUUAGAAGCUUCAGAUCAAUCGAAAGUUACAAAGUUGGUUCAAAGUUGGUCGUCGUGUUCGACCUUUCAUCCGUCCCACGUGAGCGAAUCAGAGGGUCAGAAUUACAAGUGGAUAGAAGCCUCAGUGACGUCACAAUGAUAGAAUUAUGGGAAGGUAUAAACGCUGAAUCGCGUCGUAAGAUUGGAACAAUGAGAUAUAUUCGAACGAACAAGAGUUUCGACACAACUUCUCAAAUAAGAAGAUGGCACCGCGGUGAUUCCCCCGUCACCCCCUUCCACGCAUCGGGGGCCAUCUUACCCCUCACCCCAUUGUUGGUCGUGUAUUCUAACAAUCACCAUUAUGACCUCAUAGAAGCGUCGGAAUCGCGAAUGAACCGACAACGACGAUCGUCACGUGGUCGACACUCCAACAAAUACCGGAAACGACGUUAUCGAGUGAAUAAGAACAAAACCCGCAAGUCAACGUUGCGUCACAAUGACGUAGAGAUAACAUCACACGCCCAGCAAAAGUCGCGAAGAAUUUCCAACGAUUUCGAACUUUCUACGUCAUCAGCUGAUGACGUCACAAUCCAAAGUGGCAACGAGUAUGACGUAACAGAUGAAUGGCGAAAGCAACAAAGUGAUGACGUCAAAGUAGUGAAAGCGAAACACCCGGUGUCGCCGCAGAGAAAACAUCCUUUCAUUAUUUCGACCCCGGCACCCACGGUUGGGGCCACACAUUGUAGGAAAGUGAGUUUCGAGAUUGACUUUGAGAAGAUAGGUUGGGGUUCAUGGAUUGUUUACCCCAAGAAAUACAACGCGUAUAGAUGCGAGGGGCAAUGUAGGACACCUAUGAGGAGUGACAGCAAACCAACCAACCACGCUUAUAUGCAAAGUAUCAUCGCAACCAAACGCCCCGACCUUCACAUACCUCAACCAUGUUGUGUGCCAACCAAACUUAAACCGCUCAGUAUAUUAUAUUAUGAAGAUGGAGAAGUUAAACAAAGAGAUCACGAAGACAUGGUCGUCGACGAAUGCGGUUGCAGAUAAUUUACAUUGAUUGUUUUAUUAUUACGUCAUAAAGUUCCAAUUGUUUCGCUUUUCUUAUGCAAUAAACACAAAA